AUGAAUGCAGAUAAUCUUUCGAAAAGACGUGGCAUAGCUCCCGUCAAAGCAGAAUUUAUUAUCCGUAAACAAGAGGUAGAGUGUGAAGAGAGUGUUGCACAGCCUGUUUUUGGUGAUGAAGGAGAGAAUUCUAGAAAUGAAGAUCCAGUAAAGAAGAAACCUCGUGUUACAAGAAAGCGAGGGCAAAAUAAGGAACGAGCAAAUAAAACAUUUGCAGAGCCAAUUCGCUUGUGUCAUAAAACCUCCUUAAAUGAGCAAUGUGUCAAUGAUCUUUGCAAGUACAGCCAUGAUCUAGAAGCAUUUUUAAAAAUCAAAGGAGAGGAUCUAGGCGAUAGAUGUGUAAAUUUUGAGAGAUUUGGAAAAUGUCGGUUUGGAUACAAAUGUCGUUAUUUAAAGGCUCAUUUGUCACCUGAUGGAAAGUUGAUUGAAAAUGAAGAAGCAUCUUCUAGAAUACUUGUUGAAGAAAAAAACAAUCAAUCGAUUAAUAUUCAAAAACAACUCAGGACACACACGUAUAAAUUUCCUAGAGCCGAUGAAUACCUUGCAGAAAUGAGACAGGAAAUUGAACAACAGAAAAAUUUAGAAAAAGCAAAUAGGCAAGCAAGAUUAAAUCUUGAUGUUAAACUUAAUCAGCCUUCAGAAGAAAUCCAGGAUAAAGUAGAGGAUACGAACGAAAGUAAUAUUUUGAAAAUUGAAAGUCCUGACGAAAUCAUUGAUUCAAAAGAAGAAAUUACAAACGAGAGGAAAAAGAGGAAAAUUGAACAUAAUGAUUCUAAUAGUGAAGAGAAGGGAAAUAUUGAAGAAAGUAUUGAUACAAAAUCUAAAGAGGAUAUUAAAAUAGAAGAAUUUAUAGAAUCUCCAGAUGUGCCAUUACGUAUGUGUGAAAAGAAAAAGAUAACAUUUAAAAACAAGCUAUAUUUAGCACCGCUUACAACGGUUGGAAAUUUACCUUUCCGACGUAUUUGUAAAGAAUUUGGAGCUGACAUAACGUGUGGUGAAAUGGCAAUGGCAAUAAACUUAUUACAAGGACAGCAAAGUGAAUGGGCCUUAUUGAAAAGGCAUAUUAGUGAAGAUUGCUUUGGGGUUCAAAUUUGUGGGGCAAAAGCUGAUCAUCUUGUAAGGUGUGCCGAGUUGUUAAAUAAUGAGAUUGAAGCUGAAUUUGUUGAUGUAAAUCUGGGAUGUCCUAUCGAUCUGAUUUUUAAUAAGGGAUGUGGAAGUAAACUAUUGAUGCAUGAUGGAAGAUUAGGAAAAAUCCUUAAGGGGUUGAAUAAGGUUAUGGAUAUUCCUGUAACAGUGAAAUUGCGUACCGGAAUAUUAGAUAAUUCGCCACUUGCGCAUAAAUUGGUUCCUAAAUUUCGGAAUUGGGGAGUUGCAAUGGCUACGUUACAUGGUCGUUCACGUCAGCAAAGAUACACAAAAUUUGCCGAUUGGGAUUACAUUUCUGAAGUCGCUCUUCAAGCAAAUGAAAUGGCUUUCUUUGGCAACGGAGAUGUAAUGGGAUAUGAAGAUUAUUACCAUCACGUUGAAAAAGAUCACGUUGAUGGAAUCAUGAUUGGACGUGGAGCUUUGAUUAAACCCUGGAUUUUUGAUGAGAUCAAAUCUAAACGGCAUUAUGACAUUUCAUCCAAGGAAAGAUUUGAUAUAUUGAAAAGAUUUUGUGAUUACGGAAUGGAGCAUUGGGGCUCUGAUACAAUUGGAAUAAAUUCAACCCGACGAUUUUUAUGUGAAUGGAUGAGUUUCUUAUAUAGAUAUAUUCCUGUUGGAUUACUUGAGGUAUUGCCACAACGUAUAAAUGAACGUCCACCUAUUUUUCAUGGUAGAGAUGAAUUGGAAACAUUAAUGGCGAGUCCAAAUAGUAAAGAUUGGGUUAAAAUUAGUGAAAUGUUAUUAGGACCUGCUCCUGAUAGUUUUUCAUUUGUACCAAAACACGCUGCAAAUUCUUAUGAAGUUACUCUCAAAACAUCAAAACUGUUAAUACAACUUAUUUUCAAUAUCUUAACAUUUCAUAAAUCUUUUUGUUACUCUGGAAAUCGAGUAAUGGAAGCCGCUGAGUGUGACGGUGCGAAUACCGUCGAGGAGGAAAAUAUUGAGUGGGUUCACGGUUCUUCUUUACCACCUCCCGCAAAGCAACCAUAUGCCUUUAAAAUCGCUAUCAAAAUACCAAUAAAACAAAUCUAUUUUAACUCCAAAAGUCGGUCAAUUAACUCGGAUAUUGAUGGCAAAAUGUUUCUAUUUUUACAUGAGAAAUCCCAAGAAGUUUCGAUUUGUUUGAAUAACAUGAAAGAUGAGAUUUUAUUUGGAAUAGGUGCUGUCAAAGAAUUUAAAAUUACGAUUGAUUACUCGAUUAAUUUUCGGUUUAAAUCCGACUUUGUUAAAUCUUAUUAUUCUCAUCCGGAAGGAUAUCCUUACAAGUAUAAAGGUAAUACAAAGGACAACGACCCCACGGGUGGAAAGUUAACCGGAAUUUCUUGGAUUUCCCUCAAACCGAUUGGCACCGACAUUAAGCAUUUUAAUCUUGUGGAAAGUACGGUCAAGAAGAUGAUCCAGCAGGCAAAAUACCCAAGGGAUGACGAUGUUGUAAUUAGGAGAAGAAAUAACGAUAACUAUAAUAAUUCACGACCUCCUAAUGGAAGAAACAAAGUACAUACAAUGACACAAAACAAUCCUCCAAGUGGUCCUACAAGUGACCCACAAGAUGUAAUGCCGGUUUGCUAUAACAAACCAAUAAGAAAACGCGAUAUGUAUGUUGUUUGUGUUUGCCCUUCCCAUAAACGCGCGAUUAUUUAUUCAUCUGAGGGUAUAUUUAGUCAUUUCCAAUUUAUUAUUAAACAACGAUUCGGUUGGAAGUGGGAUAAGAUGUGGUAUAAAAAUAAAUCGGGAGUAUGGACGGAACUCAGCAAUGAAGAAGUUUGGGUCAUUGUGAAAAAACAAGUCGUUGAUAAAGCGAUUCCAAGAAUCGAGAGAUGGCGCAAUUAUUAUUUUUUCCUCAAAAUUUCAAAGCCCAAAAUAAUUGAUUAUCAUGGAAAUUUAAAUGAUUGA